GUUUAUUUAUGUAUUUAUCGGUUUAUUUGUCAAGAUAUCGUACGCUGGUGGUAUAUUGUUGUACCUGCCUUGGUUUUAGUGAUAUCGUACUUACUGUGUUUUUGUUGUUAUUUUGUGUUGAAAUUUAUGUUUUUUUUAUAUCAUAUUUAUCUAUCUGUUUAUUUAUUUAGUUAGUUUUUUUGCUAUAUCGUACAUUAUUGAGUCAUAUUACCGUACUUGGUCAGUUUAGGUAUCGUACUUUAUGCUUUUGUUCUUCUUUAUUUAUCUUAUUUGCUUUUCUGUAUCGUAUUUAAUGUCUAUUUUAUUUUAUUUUUGUAUAGCAUUCUUAUUUUGUGAUAUUGUGAUACCGUACUUAACGCUUAAUGCUUUGCAAUAUCGUACUUACUUGUGAUUAUCGUACUUAGUGUCUUUGAUUUGGUGACACGUGUCUGACGCUCUCUUCUCUUCUCCCCUCUCCUCCUCUUCCUCUUCCUCCCCACUUCUUCUUCUUCCCCCUCCUCCUCCUCUUCCUCCUCUUCACCACGACCACCAAUACCCUCCUCCUCCUCCUCGUCCUCCUUCCUCUUACCUUCCUCCUUCACCGGGCUCUCCACGUGUUCCCUCAUCUCCUUUCUCUCGUCCUCCUCCUCCUCGUUCUUCUCCCUUGUUCCUCUUCCUUCUUCCUCACCACCGCCACCACCACCACCACCACCACCACACAGACUGAGCCAGAAUCCACCACAACAUUGGCUGGCACACACCACUCCACCCAGCUUCCCCGAGGGUCCCCACAAGGCCACAAGGUAGGCCGUGCCAUGUGCUGCCGUGGCCUGUGCUGCAGUGGAGGCUGUGAGGCCGGGCAGCAGCAUGAGUUGCCAGCAGCAGCAGCGGUCUGCCUCAGGUGUGGGGAGACGCAGGCAUGGUGGCAGGAAUCAGCGGGAGGCAGGCAGCUCCGGCAACAAAGGAGAGGCAGAGUUUAAGUGUCAGUUAUGUAGCAAGAGUUUUACGAGUAGAACUGGGCUGAAGUACCACACCCUGACGCACAGUGACGUUAGAGACUACGAGUGUGACCAGUGUGGCAAAAAAUUCACAAGGAAGUUUUGCCUCACCACACACACCGUGACCCACAGCGGCGCCAGGAAUUAUGAGUGUGAAGAAUGUGGCAAGAAGUUCACCCAGAGGAGCUCCCUCGCCACACACACCCUGACUCACAGUGGCGUCAAAAACUACCAGUGUGAAGAGUGCGGCAAGAAAUUCCUCACAAAGGCCCAACUCUCCACGCACACCGUAACACACAGCGGUGCCAGAAAUUACCAGUGUGACGAGUGCGGCAAGAAAUUUACGCAGAAGGGCUCCCUCACCACACACGCCCUGACUCACAGCGGCGUAAAAAACUAUGAGUGCGAAGAGUGUGGGAAGAGAUUUGCCACCACUAGUGCUCUGAACACACACGCCUUCAGACACACUGGCUUGAGGGACUUUAAGUGUGACGUGUGCAGCAAGUGUUUUAAGACGAAACCGGAAAUUGUGCAGCACGUCAGGAUUCACUUUUAAGGUGUCUGUGGUGUUCCUGUUGUAGUGGUGGUGGUGGUGGUGGUGAUAAUCUUUGGUCUUGCAAGCUUAAAAUUCAAAUAAAAAAAACAUGCAGAAUUAGUUGUAUUUAAUUAAUUAGCUAUUUCAUUCUUGGCAUGGUCCAUAAUUAACGGUUUUAGCACAGACAGAUGGUGUUUUCCUUGCCUCCCGGAGUUCCCUUGAGCGAGGUAACAUGUUGAGCGAGGUACCAUUACAAACACAGGCUUCCUCAUUACCCACCAGCAGCUGCCACCCACCUGUCACCCGGCUUACUGUUGGCAGUAAGCUGGUGCCUUCCCUCGCAAUCCCCGGCUUGUCAGAUGAAGUCCAGCACAACACUAAUGAAACCACAAAAAAUAGAACAGGAAAAUUAGUGGCUAAAACAAGACUUGCCGCCAGAAUGCAGCGCCAAACAUCAACAAUAACAAACAGCCGGCAGCCAAUCCCUGCACUGCGCUCCUAUCCCAACAACAACAACAACAACAACAACAACAACAACAACAUGGACACACCUGGCCCUGCUGCAGCCACCCCAAAGAGAAGAAGAACGCCUAAAUGGUCUCUAGCUGUUUUUAUUUCCACUGCUACAUGAAUUACUGUUACGGAUCAUCUCUACCACUACCACGACCAAGGCCACCUCCGCCAUGUUGCCACGUCCACCUCGCCAUAUGCAUUUGCACCACCACCACCACCACCAC